ACUCUGUUCGCAGCGGCACGGAGAAGGAUCCAUAGUCUUCCAAACUCCUGCUCAUAUGCGUCCUAGCUGCUGCCGACUUGCUGGCCUCCGAUGCACUUCAGCUCGGGCCGGCCGGCGCAAGCUGCAUACCGCGGGAGCGGGACGCCCCCUGCUGUCCUUCAAGCGCGGCAUCACCAGCGACCUCUUGGGCGUCCUUGACUCUUGGCACAAGGAAGGCCAAGGGAACUGCUGUCAGUGGAGGGGCGUCAAGUGCAGCAAUCGGACCGGCCAUAUCCUUAGGCUUGAUCUUCGUAAUCGGCAUGCGGAGACACAGACUAUCAAUGAGAACAUCUUCCCCGGAGGGUACUAUGGAGACACGGCUUUGGUUGGCCAGAUAAGUAAUUCUUUGCUCACCAUGGAUCGUCUUGUGCACCUUGAUCUUAGCAUGAAUUUCCUCCAGGGCCCAAGUGGUCGCAUGCCGGAGUUCUUGGGCUCUUUGACGAGAUUGAGAUAUCUCAACCUCUCUGGCAUACCAUUUUCUGGCAGAGUGCCCCCUCAGCUCGGCAACCUCUCAAACUUGCAGCAUCUUGACCUCUCAUGCCAAAUUGGCACAGGACGUAUGUACUCAAGAGACAUUUCAUGGGUAGCACGCAUCCCUAAAUUGCGGUCUCUUGGAAUGAAUUCAGUAAACCUCAGCACGAUAGUUGAUUGGCCUUAUGUUGUCAACAUGAUUCCUUCUUUGAAGGCCCUCAACCUUCGGUUUUGCUCUCUUUCAACCGCAAAUCAUUCACUCCCACAUAUUAACCUUACCAAACUCGAGAGGCUUGAUCUCUCCGACAACACCUUUGCACACCCAAUGGCAAGGGGUUGGUUUUGGAAUUUGACAGGCCUCCAGCAUCUUUACCUUGUCGGCACUCAACUGUACGGUCAAGCUCCGGAUGCACUGGCACAUAUGACAUCCCUCCAAGUCCUUGAUUUGUCAGGUAAUCCUAACAUGGGAGGGAUGAGCAGUACAAGCUUCAAACACCUAUGCAGUCUGAAAAUUCUGGACCUUUCUUGGUGUCAAAUUGUUGAAAAUAUAAAGGAUAUUAUAGGGAGGAUGCCACAGUGUCCCUUGAACAAACUGCAAGUGUUGCGUUUGGGCUACAACAAUAUCAGCGGAAACAUGCCGGAUCAGACAGCACACCUGACCAGCUUAGUCGUUCUUGAUAUCUCUGUGAACAACCUAAAUGGAGGCAUACCGCACGGGGUGGGGCUGCUCUCUAGUUUAAGCAGACUUGAUCUCUCUUCCAACAAUCUCAGUGGACCUGUGCCAUCUGAGAUCGGCAUGCUCGGCAACUUGACCAUGAUGAAUCUUGAAGGCAACAACUUGACUGGUGAUUUCACUGAAGAACAUUUUGCAAGUCUAACGAAGUUAAAGUCGCUGGAUUUAAGUGGGAAUUCCUUGAGGAUUACAGUUGAUCCCGAUUGGAUACCACCCUUCAGUUUAGAAGAAGUAGAACUUUCCUCUUGCCAAUUAGGUCCUUCAUUUCCUGCAUGGCUUCAGUUCCAAGUGGAUGCUCUCCGGGUGGAGUUAUCAAGCACAGGUAUAGUUGAUAGGCUUCCUGAUUGGUUCAACACUACAUUUGCAAAGGUCACAUAUCUGCACAUCUCCAACAAUGAAAUUAGUGGCAGGUUGCCGGCAAACAUGGAAUUCAUGUCGCUGCAAUUUUUCUUUAUCAAUUCAAAUACACUAACUGGUGAAAUCCCGAACUUACCAAGAAAUAUUACCUUCUUGGACAUGUCCGAAAACUCAUUAACUGGAAAUUUGCCAUCAAACAUUGGGACUCCGGAUUUGAUUUCAUUGGUGCUGAUCUCCAAUCAAAUAACUGGUCAUAUUCCCGAAUCUCUCUGCAAAGCGGAAGCCUUGUAUGCCUUGGACUUAAGCAACAAUCUUCUUGAGGGACAACUUCCUUAGUGUUUUGGAGUGAAGAACAUUUCCUUUCUCAUGUUGAGUAACAAUAGAUUCUAGGACGCGUCGAUUUGGUGCCCGAGCCCAGCUGCACCUGAAAUCGUGGGCGUCUGCUCGGCGCUUGGGAUCCGUGAAAUUCGCUCUGACGCGUCUGACGCGGAGCGUGGGAAAUUGGACGUGCAGUGAAAUACGGUAGGAAACAGUAGCGCAUUCGUGGGCCCAAAACGUAUGGGUGGGACGGCAUUCGCGCAGAGGAACUCUGGUCCGUGACCAGAUCGUUAGAAGGCCAACCGAGCCAGGGAUCAGAUAAGGCAGUGGACAACUGAGCCGUUUGUCGAACGUCACCCUCAUCUAAGCUCGUUCAAUCUGGAAACCUCGUCGCCCCUCCUCCCCCCAAACACCGUUGUCCCCGGUUUGAGUAGUUCCUUGCGGCGGCGCUAGUUCUGCACCGGCGGCUACUGGAAUAAUUGAUGAUUCUGGGCUUGAGUUCCUGCUCGAUGUCGUUGACAGGUUACGAGAGGAGUUCGCCGAGAACCUUGUGCACCCAGAUCCGGUUCCUCUGGUCUUUUUGCCCAACAGCGGAGCCGGCCUUUCCGUCCCUGCAGACUCGAAUGCUGUGUCUGGAUGCGCUCAACAGCUUGGCGGCGAUGGGACUGGUAGGGCAGCAGUUGGGGUCUGCCUGUCAUCCGGAUGCAUCUGCAACAAGGUCGGCGCAGUCGACUGACCGAGUCAAUCGAGAGGCACCUGGGUGGACAAAAAGAUUACGGCUGGGCAGUGCACCACCUGGCAGGACACCAUGUCCCUCUUGGAUGAGCGCUUUGGAGCAAUCGAUUGGCAAAUACGCAGAGGAACCUACAAAAAGUGUAAUACACCUCACAGGACACCUUGACCUGAGCUUGGAUUAACUGGGUGAGGCGUAUGACUUAUACAAUCUCUACUCUUGGGAGACCCGGUUUGGUAUGAGAUAUGGUAAAAGGAGAUUAAAUGUCGAGAGGACAAAUGCACGCAGGAGAUCGUAUGUGGUUGUUUGGGCAAACCGGAGAUUUACGAGCACCCGUACAUGCCCCUUGAUGUGUUCUUACAUGGACAGUAGUGUCUGAUGUUCUGUUUACAUGUUUGACUGACGGACAAAAAAAAACUAAACCAUAAUAUGGCAGGGUGGAGCUGUCAGGAGUACGAAUUUGUGGUUGCCUCAACUAGCUAGUGUUAACGUCUCAGGUUUAGAUCAUGGACUGGUAUGCUGAAAUGUGUUUUGCUACUGACACUUGGCCAACAUGCGGAAUACAACAAUGCGUUUGCCAGUUUUUGAGUGAACUGUGCGCAUGGCUAGAUUCAAACUUUUAACUGCUAGAAUGGUUAAAUGCAAGUACUGUAAGGCAGGUGGCAGGAUGCCAUCCCUCAAAGCAGUAUAAGAGUGUAACAUCCAGCAGAUGUCGUGUUGCCUUUCACCGUAGUUGCAUAUUCAAAAACAUUUGAAGCUAGCGUUGCUUGGGAUGGCGCCAACGCCUGCUGAAGCCGCCAGGUGUGCCACGACGAUGAGAUCUGAAUUGGUGGCUCUAGUGGCAGAUUGGAGAUUCAGUCAUCUUCCUCUUUGUCUAAGAAGUCGGUGUUGAGCGAUUCGAGUAUGACGCAGCUGCCUGCACAAGACGGUGGCGGAGUGGACAAGGGAGAGGUUAUCCAAAGAGAUUGCUGUGGGAUUAUCGUGUUCAAGAUGAUGGCACAAGUUUACAGAGAAGAAGGAUACGGCAACCACGAUACUGCAACUAUGCAGAACGCAACGGCGGUGACAAUGAUGUGGACCACGGAUCUCACGUAGCGGGUGCGGUGGAAGAUACUGAAUCAGCUGAAGAGGAGGAAGUGAGCAGCAGGGGUCCUAAGCUACGCCGUACGCAGGCGUAGUAUGAAAUGGAAGCAUGAAUUCGUAACAACGUAUGUUUUUUUUUUAAGUUCAGAUAUACUAUUACUUAACUAACCAAGUACAGGGACCUCGUCUGCUACAAUACCCAGAAUACAAUCUGGAGGAUAGUUUAGCCGCUCCCUACAAACUUUAUUACAAACUCCCUCUCUUGCUAAAUAAUGAGCUGCACUAUUAGCAGACCUCCUAACCCAAGUUACAUUAAACUCUUGCCUUGUCC